UUAGGGAAUAUCCGAAUUCCCCCAAGCGUCCAUUCUGUUUAGGGUAAACGUAAGUUGAAUGUAAUUGAAAAUUCCAAAAGCUGUAUUCCAUUUUUUGUUCAAUCUCCAAACGCUUGGCAGAAGUUAGAACAUUGCCUUCAAGAACACACACAACCUGCAUAAGCUUCCUUCUUCUUCUUCUUUCGAUUGUGUCUGACUCGUUUCAAUCUCCAACCCGUUCAAGUCAUCCCUCUCGGACUGUUGGGGCCUUAAAUCUUGAUUGCAGCAAUCCAACGCUACCCUUUUUCUGUCCUCCGUAUCUGCAAUCUGAGCAACACACCGCAAAUUUCUUCUUCUUUCGCGGCUUUCUUUCUCCCAGAUUACUUGCUUCCUGAAUAAGAUACAACCUGUGGUGUAUAGUCAUCAGAAACGAAUGAAAAGUGAUUAUUAUGUCUGAAUUGAUUGACGGUCUCCCAGACGCUGUCGCCCUUAGGUGCCUCGCUCGUGUUCCGUUCCACCUCUAUCCAAAGUUGGAGCUUGUUUCUAAAUCCUGGCUAGCUGCCAUUCGUAGUUCUGAACUUUUUAGAGUUCGACAGGAGAUCGGAUCAUCAGAAGAUCUAUUAUGCGUAUGCGCAUUUGAACCUGAGAAUCUAUGGCAGCUUUAUGACCCCCUCAGAGACCUUUGGAUAACAAUUCCUGUACUUCCAUCGAGAAUUAGGCAUCUUGCACACUUUGGUGCCGUCUCCACUGCUGGAAAGUUGUUUGUGCUCGGCGGUGGCAGUGAUGACGUUGAUCCGUUGACUGGUGAUCAAGAUAGGAACUUUGCAACCAAUGAGGUAUGGUCAUAUGAUCCUAUAAUACAUCGGUGGUUUCAACGUGCAUCAAUGCUUGUACCACGUGCCAUGUUUGCGUGCUGUGUCUUGGGUGGAAGGAUUGUCGUUGCGGGUGGUUUUACUAGCUGCAGAAAAUCGAUUUCUCAGGCAGAAAUGUAUGAUCCUGAUAGAGAUGUAUGGAUUCCACUGCCUGAUCUACACCAUACUCACAAUUCUGCUUGCACAGGGGUAGUGAUUGGAGGGAAGUUGCACGUUUUGCACAAGGGGUUAUCAACAGUGCAAAUUUUAGACGAUGUGCAGCUUGAAUGGAGAGUUGAAGACUAUGGUUGGCUCCAAGGUCCAAUGGCUGUUGUCCAGGGUUCACUUUAUGUCAUGAGCCAUGGACAUAUUUUCAAGCACGAUGGAGAAGUGAGGAAGGUUGUUAUUUCAGCAUCCGAGUUUCGGCAACGAAUUGGGUUUGCGAUGAUUGGUUUGAGAGAUGAAAUUUACGUGAUCGGAGGGGAUAUCGGUCCCGACCGUUUGAAUUGGGACAUCAAACCAACGUCGGACGUCGACAUAUUGACAACAGGAGGCGAGAGGCCAACAUGGCGACAUGCAGCUUCGAUGACGAAAUGCUGUGGAGCGAUUCGGGGAUGUGCUCGGUUGAGAAUUUAGGACUUCAUUCCUUAUUGUGUUUCUUCUACCUUGUCAUUGAAUUGUGUUGGGUCUGUCAGAAUCAAAUCCCUCCUACUGCCUUUUCUUUCUUUCUUUUUUUGUAAUCUCUGGUCUUUGAUGUUAGUUUGGAUAUCAUUGGAACGGUUCCAUGAAUAUUAAGAAUUAGUGUGAUGGAGGCUCAAAUUUUCACUUCUAAAUACUUGAAUGAAGAAGAACGAUUUGUU